AUGCCACCGCGUAGACCACCUACCCGCAACAAUACUCAAGGCCCCGAGGACAUGCAAGGCCAAAUCAAUACCUUGAGGGAUACCAUCACAGAGAUGCAGAAAAACGCGGGGGAGAUGUUUCUGAAUAUUCUGAACGAAAUAAGACGCAACCCUCACAACGCAACCCAUAACAACACUGCAAGCGGCUCAGGCACCGGAGGAGCUGGUGUUGUUCCCCAACCACUCCCGAACCAUGAAGCGGUGGGCCGGAAUAAUCAAGAUCUACUAUUGACAUUUAGGAAGCACAAACCACCCUCCUUUCGAGGAGGACAUGACCCGAUCGUGGCUGUACAGUGGCUGCAGGCCAUGGACAAAAUAUUCAGAGUGGUCCAAUGCACCGAUGAUCAAAAAGUGCUAUUCUCGGUGUACAUGUUGGAAGGAGACGCCCAUCAUUGGUGGGCUAAUGCGUCUCAACCUUUGGAGAUGCAAAAUGCGGCAAUUACUUGGGCUGUAUUUGAAGAAAUGUUCUUAGAGAAGUACUUCUCGAUGUCAAUCCGGGACAGCAAGCAAGGCGAAUUUGACCGACUCGUGCAAGGGACCAUGACGGUAGACCAAUAUCACGCCAAAUUCAACGAACUACUCCGAUUGGCGACUUACCGAGGAACCAUGCCCAUGCCGAAUUUUAUGACGGCAAAAUUUCAAAGAGGUCUAUCCGCUAGGAUUGCGAAAUUAGUAGCUGACAACGACACCUGUGACCUGGCCACCUUAGUAAACAGAUGUAGAAAGGUGGAGGCAGUCGGUUUACAAACAAGAAAACCCGCGGAGGCCAGCGGAUCCGGACACAGAACUCCGAUGGCUAGAAACAGACCAUGGAGAGGGAAGAACGAAGGCAGAUCGUGGCAACCCAAGCGUGAUGAUAACAAGUUCAAGAGGCCCGGGAAUCCCUGA